UCUCCGCCCCUCCGGUCCCCGGGCUCGCCGCUCCCGGGUCUCCGCGCUCCCCCGGCUCGCGGCUUCCUGGUCUCCGCGCUCCUCCGGCUCGCCGCUCCCGGGUUUCCGCGCUCUCCUGGCUGGUGGCUCCCGGGCCUCGGCGCUCCCCUGAGCACCUGGCUCUCGCCCCGGUUCCCAGCUGUUGUGAAGUCUCUACACGUGGAACCCAAGUUCCAGAAAGAAGUUGGAAAUCGAAGAUUUAAGGAGAGAAUGUUGUUCUAAAAUAUUCUGACUUACUUCAAAGAAUAAGGCCAGAAACUUGAAAAGGGGCAUUACGGAGAGAGAGGCAGGAGCCCUGGAUCCUGAUUGCCCUUCUGCCAGGAAGAUACGUGUAGCCAAAGAUGAAUUUGGGCAGAGUAGCUGCUUGCUCCUUUAGCCAUGGAAAAGCAGGGCCACGGUGAGAUGGGAAUCAUUCCAUCGGAGUCUCACUCCCACGUUAAGUUGUUGAAAAUCAACCGGGAACUUCUGGUCACUCACAUCCGCAACACCCAGUGUCUGGUGGACAACUUGCUGAAGAAUGACUACUUCUCCUCUGAAGAUGCGGAGAUCGUGUGUGCCUGCCCCACACAGCCUGACAAGGUUCGCAAAAUUCUGGAUCUGGUACAGAGCAAGGGCGAGGAAGUGUCCGAGUUCUUCCUCUACGUGCUCCAGCAACUUGCAGAUGCUUACGUGGAUCUCAGGCCUUGGCUGUUGGAGACUGGCUUCUCCCCCUCCGAGCUCAUUCGGAGCAGAGUUGUCGUCAACACUGACCCAGUGAGCAGGUACACCCAGAAGCUGCGACAGCAACUGGGCCUCGACUCCAAGUUCAUCCUGUGCUACGCCCAGAAGGAGGAGCUGUUGCUGGAGGAGAUGUACACGGACACCAUCGUGGAGCUGGUGGGCUUCAGGAACGAGAGCCUGGGCCUGCUGGGCAGCCUGGCCUGCCUGCUGGACCACGCCACCGGCGUCCUCAGCGAGCAGGGCGAGACCAUCUUCAUCUUCGGGGACGCCGGCGUGGGCAAGUCCAUGCUGCUUCAGCGGCUGCAGGGCCUGUGGGCCGCGGGGCUGCUGGACGCGGAGUUCAAGUUCUUCUUCCACUUCCGCUGCCGCGUGUUCAGCUGCUUCAAGGACGACGACGCGCUGUGCCUGCAGGACCUGCUCUUUAAGCAUUACUGCUACCCGGAGCAGGACCCGGAUGAGGUGUUCGCCUUCCUGCUGCGCUUCCCCCACACGGCCCUCUUCACCUUCGACGGCCUGGACGAGCUGCACUCGGACUUCGACCUGAGCAGCGUGCCUGACACCUCCUCCCCCUGGGAGCCCGCCCACCCCCUGGCCCUGCUGGCCAACCUGCUCAGCGGGAAGCUGCUCAAGGGCGCCGCCAAGCUGCUCACGGCCCGCACGGGCGUCGAGAUCCCGCGCCAGCUCCUCCGCAAGAAGGUGUUUCUGCGGGGCUUCUCGCCCAGCCAGCUGCGGGCCUACACCCAGAGGGUGUUCCCCGAGCCCGCCGUGCGGGACCGCCUGCUGGCCCACCUGGAGGCCAACCCCAACCUCUGCAGCCUGUGCGCCGUGCCCCUCUUCUGCUGGAUCGUCUUCCGCUGUUUCCAGCACUUCCACAGUGUUGCGGACAUCUCCACGCAGCUGCCUGACUGCACGGUGACCCUGACCGACGUCUUCCUGCUGAUCACCGAGGUCCACCUGAACAGGACGCAGCCCACCAGCCUGGUCCAGCGGAACACGCGCAGCCGGACGGAGACCUUCCGCGCCGGCGGCGCCGCCUUGCGCUCGCUGGGGCGGGUGGCCCACCAGGGCAUGGAGAAGAACCUCUUCGUCUUUGGCCAGGAGGACGUGCGGGCCGCCGAGUUGCAGGACGGAGAGCUGCAGCUGGGCUUCCUGCGGGCCGUGCCAGAGCAGGGCCUCGGGGGUGACCAGCAGGCCUAUGAGUUUUUCCACGUCACCCUCCAGGCCUUCUUUACCGCCUUCUUUCUCGUGGCGGACGACAAGGUAGGCACGCAGCAGCUGCUCAGGUUCUUCCGGGAGUGUGGGCUUCCUGGCGAGGCGGCCGCGGAGUCCUGCUACCCCUCCUUUCUCCCUGUGCGGUGUCUGAGGGGCCCCGGCCUGGCCGGGGAGGACCUCUUCAAGAACAAGGAUCACUUCCAGUUCACCAACCUCUUCCUGUGCGGGCUGUUGUCCAAGGCCAAGCAGAAACUCCUGCGGCACCUGGUGCCCGCGGCGGUCCUGCGGAGAAAGCGCAAGGCCCUGUGGGCGCACCUGUUUGCCAGCCUGCGGGCCCACCUGAAGAGCCUGCCCCGGCUCCAGUACCAGGGCUACAACCAGGUGCAGGCCAUGCCCACCUUCAUCUGGAUGCUGCGCUGCAUCUACGAGACGCAGAGCGAGAAGGUGGGGCGGCUGGCGGCCAAGGGCAUCUGUGCCAACUACCUCAAGCUGACCUACUGCAACGCCUGCUCGGCCGACUGCAGCGCCCUCUCGUUCGUCCUGCACCACCUCCGCAAGCGGCUCGCCCUGGACCUGGACAACAACAACCUCAACGACUACGGCGUGCGGGAGCUGCAGCCCUGCUUCAGCCGCCUCACGGUCAUCAGACUCAGCGUAAACCAGAUCACUGACAGCGGGGUAAAGGUGUUAUGUGAAGAGCUGACCAAAUACAAAAUUCUGACGUUUUUAGGCCUGUAUAACAACCAGAUCACCGAUGUCGGAGCCCGGUACAUCGCCAGAAUCCUGGACGAGUGCAAGGGCCUCACGCACUUGAAACUGGGGGAGAACAAAAUAACGAGUGAAGGAGGAAAGUGUCUCGCCCUGGCUGUGAAGAAGAGCAAGUCCAUCUUUGAAGUUGGGAUGUGGGGCAACAGAAUCGGUGAUGAAGGAGCAAAGGCCUUUGCAGAGGCUCUGAGGAACCACCCCAGCCUGACCAACCUGAGUCUUGCAUUCAACGGCAUCUCUACGGAGGGUGGAAAGAGCCUCGCCCAGGCCCUGCAGUGGAACACCUCUCUGAGAAUAUUCUGGCUCACCAAAAAUGAACUCGAUGAUGAAGUGGCAGAGAGCUUGGCAGAGAUGCUGAAAGUCAACCAGACGUUGAAACAUUUAUGGCUUAUCCAGAACCAGAUCACGGCCAAGGGGAUUGCCCAGCUGGCAGACGCAUUACAGAGGAACACUGGCAUAAUGGAGAUUUGCGGUAACCAAAACCUGUUAACCGCGGACUGGGCUGGCAGAGAGAAGGCUGUGCCCACCACCGGCCGUUCCCAGCACGGACCCGCCCAGUGGUCUCCACUACGGAGACUGCAGACUGGAAAUGGGGACUGCGGAUGGGAGCUGAGGAGGAAUUCCAACGUGAACUGGCAGGCUGACCCAAGGCCUAAAUGGAAACUUGAUAAAGCCAGAGGAGGCCAAAGUCUUCCAAGACGAGAAGCGGAUCGUCUGCUUCUGAGAGGCCGCUGCUGUGCAUGGAGUGUGGGCCCCGGGCGGCCCGCUAGCAGAGCCAGCCGCCCCGUGCAUUCGCCCCUCUCGGAGUCUCAGGGGACCCUGCUGCCUUGGUGACGGGCACGAGCGUCCCUGAGCAGCUGUUACAAUUUUGCAGGGCGUGAGUGUGCCUGGCGGGCCGUUUUACUUACUGUAAAUACACUAUGAAGAGACGUAAUGCACGUGUAGGGUUAUUUUUAUCGGACAUUAGAGGAAGAAGACUGAGCUCAAACGCCUGCCCUGAGGACCCCGGAGGUGAGUUGGUCACGCUAUCUUCGUGGAAGAAUUGAGGACAUGGUAUAGAGUUAGUGCCAAACUUCUUGGAGAAAAGGUGCUCGACGACCAAGUGUUUUACCUGGAAUAGUCUCUUCCUCCUCCGUACUCCCCGACAGGUUGACGGUCUGCUCACCUCACCGCUGUAGUUACUAGGUCUGUGCAGUGUUGCGAUUUGAUCCACCCAAGGUUUUGCCAAGACAAGGGCUCCUCCUAGGCUUUUGUUUUAGUCCUAGAGUCUCACUCUGCUGACAGAGAUCGCCGGGUGCCCUCUUAGCAGGUCUAAGAGAAAAGAGUGGUGUCCUCGUAACGUUGAGUUUCCGCUCAGGGCUUUCUCACGCUGGGCUCACCUCCUCCGGAAGGCGGAUGGGGGCGGGCACAAGUGCUCUGCCCUAGGAAGAAGAACCUGUGCCCCUCCUCCAAAAGGAAUAAGGCCUGGCUUGCCUUUGUGGCCCUGGCCUCCAAGCAGAAACUUCUGUCUCUCUCUCGCCCUCUUGAGGAGGGGAGUUUUCUCCUUGCCCCAAAGUCCUUGGGAGGAUGACUGAACUAGGCCGAGGGGGCUGCUGAGAACCCAGCUAGCAGAGCAGGUUAGACACCGACCAUCAUGGCGGCCACAUGCUGGACGUUAAAUGGGAGUGGGGGGGGGCGGUGAGAUUACCAGAGAAAUUGUUCUUCUACCAAUUUAUUUGUUAAUAAAAUAUUGAAAACACUC